CUCGGUCGUCCACACGUGCGUACGCGUUUGGCUGCAGAAGCGCGACCCGAAAGAUCUGUUCGCGACCAAGCUCGUCGGGCUGGAACAUUUUGUUUCGAAUAGUCAUUCGUAUCGGACGACUACCGGCCAGUUAUUUUAGCGUGAAGUUUACGCGUGUUGUUGGAGCAGUGAGCGAAACAUCGGGAGUUACUUAAAUCUCUCGCCCAAAAACAGAAAUAAACAUUAGUGAAUCUGAUCUACGGUGAUCUCUCGAGCAAGUGUUUAGGCGUUAGCGCAUCAUUUCCGUAUCGGUUUGUUAUACAGCGGCACAGCGUGGACUUAAACAAUGCCUGCAGAAAAGCGUUCCAGUCAACCACGGAUCGUGCGAACGUACGAGUUCCCAACGAAGCCGGAAAAGCUAACGAUCGGACAGUAUAUCUACAAUUCGAAGGAUGGCAAAAUUCUUGGCCGAACGGCAACUAAUUGGGCCCAACUUACGAUAUUCUACACCUGCUUCUACAUUGUACUGGCGGCACUGUUUGCCAUAUGCAUGCAGGGACUGUUGGUCACGCUAAACCAUGAGCAUCCGAAGUGGCAGCUGGAUGAGUCACGCAUCGGUACCAAUCCCGGAGUUAGCUAUCGUCCCCGGCCGGAAGAAGAGGAAAAUUCCAAUUCCAUUCAGUAUGUGGCGGCUAACAAAACGGACGCUGGGCUUUGGGUGGAAAUGAUCAACGAAUAUCUCCGACCGUACAACGACCAUACGCUGUUACCCGGCGGAGGCAAGAAUCAGGUACUCUGUGACUUCAACACACUACCAUCGCGCGGUAACGUAUGUGCCUUUGACGUGAAGAACCUCGGGGCUUGUUCGGAACAGGCAGGAUUUGGAUACAAUCGGUCGGCGCCCUGCAUUUUCGUCAAGCUAAACAGAAUUUACGGUUGGCAGCCCGAAUUUUACGAAGAUGUGGAUGAUCUUCCCACCGAAAUGCCCGACGAUCUGGUGUCCUACAUUAAAUCCCUCACCGUCGCCGAACGUCGCCAGGUGUGGAUAUCGUGCAAGGAGCUUACCAAGAGCGACGAAAACCAGCUCGGACCGAUCGAGUAUAUGCCGAGCCGAGGUUUACCAGCGUACUACUACCCGUACAUGAACAUCGAAGGCUAUCUGAGCCCACUGGUGGCGGUACAUCUUGCCAGACCGAAGCCAAAAACGACCAUCAGCAUCGAGUGCCGUGCCUGGGCGAAAAACAUUGUGUACCGCGGAGGCGCCCGUGAUCGAACUGGUUCGCUACAGAUAUCGCUGCGUAUCGAUUAGAUAGCGAUGCGGUUGAAUCCCAACGGGCAAGGCAUUGGGAGGACCUAACGUAAAACAUCAGUACCUUCUCCGUGUGACAAUGUCGAACCGUUGUUGUUGUUUUUUUAUGUUGAUUGGUGGUCCGGACAGUUGGAUCAAAUCGAACAAGUAGGAUGAACGUGUGAUAUGAAAUGAAUUCAACGAAAAAGCACAUACAUGCAGCACACACAAUAACAUCCACGAACAAUCCGUGCUAUGAAUGAGUUUACUUAAACGUUUUAGUCAAGUGAGAGAAUAAAAGUAAAAUAUGGAAAUAAACUAUACACGGUUAAUUUAUGAACGCUAAUGCGAACUGCGCGUGCGCACGUGAGUGACGACCGUUAGAAUGAAGUUGAAGGUGAAAUGUUUCAUGCACAUGCAUGCGAUGAAAAGUUUCACGCACAUGUACCAAUGUACGAAACGCUUUUUCCAGUCGGGUUAAGAUGAUAAUAUUAUUUUAGAACUUAAUCCAAAUAGUUUAGGUAGUCCGCGAUAGAAUGUUAGCAAAAUAGAACUUAAAAGCGUCCACUACUAGCUCAGAAAUGUGCAUCUACGAGUUUAGCAUUUCAUUUUCUGGAUUUUCAAUGACGUUAAAAAUUGCUCGCGUUCCGUUUGAAUUGGUUUGAGGGGUUUAUUCUGUCUUGGUUUAGUUUGUGAUAGGCGAGAAAUCUAUAGUACUGGAAAUAGAUACGGUUGCGCUGCUACUACACCCCGUACAGAACAGUUGUGUUCGCUUCUUUCUUCAAUCGUCAAACCGCGGGCAAAUACUUGGGGGAAAUAUUUUAUGAACUAGUUAACGUUUUAUCACGGAUUAUGUUAUUCUUUAACGCGCCUUGUCGAAGUGCUUCUCUCCGCGUGUACGCGUGACGGUUCUUAUUGCUUACGCGACAUAACAACUGGGCUAGUGUGGUACAGGGCGCCACCUUACGUCCAUCUUUAA